UGCAUCUUCCAUACAACUUGCUCGUCCCUCUUAUCUAGGAGUCGUGAAUUCACUGUCAUUUCAGCAUGGCAUACUGGUCGAGGCUGGCUGGAGACAAGGUUGAGUGGAACUAUGUGGUUGCAGGAACUUGUCUUUUCGCUGCAGGAGCUCUAGUCAGGUCACUCUUCAUCAAACCACAAGCCAGCUACAUAUACACGUCUCCACGGACGACACUGCUGCCAAAAUUGUCAGACGAGGAAGUAUCACGACUCCCAUAUCCCCCAGAUGUUCUGCCAGGCGCAAGAGAUGUGGAUAGCCCGUAUGGAUCAAUAAGGGCAUAUGAGUUUGGUCCAGAGGAUGGACGAAAAGUGUUACUCGUCCAUGGCAUUAGCACACCAGCCAUCGCUCUGCUCCCUGUUGCCAACGCCCUAGUCGAGAAAGGUUGUCGAGUAUUGCUUUUCGAUCUCUUUGGGCGGGGCUAUUCCGACAACGCGAGCGACAUCAAGCACGACAUCAGGCUGUUCACAACUCAGAUCCUACUUGUUCUAGCUUCAUCUCCGUUGUCUUGGACUGGAAAGGACUCUGACAAGUUUGCGCUGGUGGGCUACUCUCUCGGUGGCGGCAUAGCUACCACUUUUACGUCUUACUUCCCAAACCUCGUCGACAGCCUAAUACUUUUUGCGCCUGCCGGCCUUAUCAGACCCCACCAUAUCAGCCGCCAGACUCGAAUCCUCUACUCCGACGGAAUAAUUCCUGAGCCCCUACUGCAUCGACUUGUUAAGCAACGGCUUCGAACGCCUAUCGCUGCACAACCCAAGAAGCCAGAUCCGUCUCGCAAUGUGGACGCCACUGAGGCUGUCGGAGCCGAGGUCAACCUCGAAUCCAAUUCCAAAGCGCCACUCUCUAAGGACCACCCUCACGCCUCGGUUGAGGCCGCUAUCUACCACCAGCUAGAUCAUCAUCCGGGCUUUGUUCCCGCGUUUAUGUCAAGCAUUCGAUACGGCCCAGUCCGAGACCAGCAUGAUCGCUGGCGCGUUGUCGGAGAACGCCUGAGCCAACAAAACAAGGAGAACGGCACACAGAAGAAAGUUCUCAUUGUUCUCGGAUCGACGGACCCCAUCAUCAUCAAGCAAGAGGUGCAGGAGGACGCAACCGAAGCCCUCUCCGGAAAUGUGGAAUUCACGGUCCUUGAUGCAGCUCACGAUGUGGCGGUGGUCAAAGGGCCAGAGAUUGCUGCAGCCAUUGUGGACUUUUGGGAGCGUACUGAUUGAACAGCGAGCAUGGUGGUGGGCGGCAUGGUACCUUGAGGUACGUGAUAGAGACGAAUAGAUCAAACCCACGCAUGUUUUCGAGUAGACAGAGAGCCCCUCUGGAGCAUGACAGGAGACAUCAAGAGACACACGUUACACAAGGAACGAUAUUGUUACAUAC